UAAAUGCAAAAUUAAUAAUUGUUUUUAAUGUAGCCUGGUAUGUUUAGUCAACCGGUGACUGCUGCAGAAGACCACCCAUGGCUCUGGGUUCUUUACAUCUUGACUUUCGCUCUCCCUGUUGGUCUAGGGGUGUUGUUCUGCUGGCCAACAAAGAAACCAGAUGAAGAUAUUGACUUUAAAAAACCUGAUAUAUCUAAGCCAAUUACAAAAGGAGAACUAGACCAAGAGGGAGAGGAGUUAGACGAUGAUGAAAUACAAUUAGAAGAAGAAAAAGGAAAUGAAGAUACUGCUGAAGAUGAUGAGGGUGGAGGAGAAAAAAAUGACAUUGCAGAUACAAGUCAAGAAGAAGGUGAUAAGUCAAAUAAAUCUAGUUCAGAAGAUGAGGUGAAAGAAGCUAACGAAGACACAGGUUAUGGAGAUAGUCCACUGAAAUCAGUGCGCAAAAGAAGAGUACGGAAGGACUGAGUUACUUCCAGCUAGUUUUUGUACAUCUAGAUGAUAGCAACUUCUGCUACAUCACCUCAGUGGGCCUUGACAGCAGCCAAGUUCCUGAGAUUUGAAGAAAAAAGAGGGCCUCAUUGCUACUUAAGUUCUUAUUUGAAUUCUCUAAUCUCUUUUAACCUUCCUUGAUUCCCUUUUUUAAGGAGAACUAUCUGUGAGGAGUUGUCUGAUGUUUUGAAUUCAGAAUAAAUGUGAAAUUACAUGUCAGCCAGCUGAUGUUAAGGUUAAGAUCCUUAAGAUUUGAAGGUUCCUAGAAAUUAGUAUUAGUUGGUGAUAACUUACUCUAAAUAUUUUUUAAAGUGAAUAAAUUAUAAUAUUUUUGCAGCUCUAGCACAAAAUUAGUGGUUUACACUUUUCAGCUGAAAGAGGAUGGUAGUAUAGAUAUAGCAUCUAUAGGAGUUCACGUUGCUAUGAGAAAAGGUAUUUUUUCUGUGCAGAGCUAAAUGCAAUAAUUGUUUUUGUAUGAUUUAGUGCUAGCAACAAUUUCUAUUGUAAAUUAUUUAUUUUAGUUGAUCUUGUUAUAUGGCUGGUCACCUGUUCACUUUAGACAUUGUAAUUUAUUUUUAAGAGCUAUUUUAAAAUAGACUGCUCCUAGAACAUGCGGUAA